CUUGUCAGCACUUGUCCCUAGACUCGAUCUGUCAUCGAGCACACUUGCCGCUUUCUUUCAUUCCACCACAACCUGCUAUUCAAGUACUACUACAAUGAGUCGCAACAUCCUGGAUCCUUCAUCUCUUCUUUCCACUUUGCCUAGUCUGCUUCCACCGUCCAAAAAGAAGCUUGAAACACCCCACGAUGCCUUAGCUGCACUCUUCCACACCAUACUCUUUGUGCUGGGCUUUCGUUUGAUUGGUGUUGAUGAAAACUCACCCGCCCGAGAGAUAUCCGAUGGCGUUUUGCCUGACGAAUGGGCUUUGCAUGCGCCAGGCACUUACACCUUCAGAUACAGGCAUGAUCAGAGCAGCCUUGAAUUCAUCAUUAAGGUCUGCAAACUAGGCAGUCGUACUCUCGUACAUGCAAUCGCCGUUGAAAGCGACAGAAUUGCUUCUCUUGAUAUUGCAACCAACGAUUUCGUAUCCCCAUCUUUCUUCCCUCACGAUUUGUCUGCCCCUGACGCAGCACCUCUUGUGCACGGAUUCAUCUCAUCCAAUCGCGUCGCAGAUCUUGUCUCGGAGUUCAAACUCGCCAUAAUUCAGAAGCUCGUACCCGGUUUAAGAAAGGAAGGUUAUACAGAGAGCAUCACUGAUAUCUCGUCAGCUUCGGGUUCACGACCUGCACCUGCACCUGGACCCGAACCUGAACCUUCACGUCCUGAGCCAGUUCCCCCACCGUUUGCUCCCCCUCAGACAGGUCCAUGGGCUGAACAACCUCGCAAUCCUCUAGAGAUCGGGAGGAGUGACUUGGAGCCUCCCUUCCCAAGGAAUCCAUUUGCACCACCGUCCCUCUUCCGGGAAGAUGAAGGUAAUGGGAUGUAUGUCGGACCAGAGCACCCAAUAUUUGGUCCUGGAAUGAGGGGCCGAGGACCAACUGGCCAAGGACCAUGGGGUGGUGAUGGAUACCUGCCUCCAAUGGGUGCCCCCCCGGGCGCCAGGUUUGAUCCUGUCGGUCCCGGAUUGGGUCCCCACCCUGGUGGACCCUUACCGGGGAGACGUGGCCCAGGAGGGGUGCCUCGAGGAGGGGUAGGUCGAGGGGGAAUAGGCCGAGGAUUGCCAGGAGGGGGUAAUAUGAAUGAGCCGGACAAUGAUGAAUUCAUGCCACCAGGAGGGGUAAGUGCGAAUUGUUUCAGUUUUUCUGAUCUGCUACUAAUGAAAUGCGAAUUCACAGAAUAACGAUAUGUUCCUGUGAAGUGGAAGUGGCAAGUAGGAUGGGGACGUAGCAUGAGUUUGUAACUAGUGAUACUGUACACUAUUGUCGAGUAGUUCGUUUUGCGUGAGGUCUGAGGACCGACAGAAUCACAUACCCGUGCAUUGUACGGUUUUUUCUCGACAAACUC